AUGUCCGCGCACGCGACAACAGACCCCUUCGACGACGUCAUGAAUCUUGAAGAAAGGUUCUAUGAUGAAGGCUACACCCAAGGCACAAAAGAUGGCGACAGGGCCGGUAAAAUUGAGGGCCGCUCCGUCGGACUGGCAAACGGCUAUGAUAAGUUUUUGGAGAGUGGGCGUCUUUAUGGCAAGUCACUGGUGUGGGCAAAUCGACUACAAGUUCGAGCACCAUCAUCCGCCGAGGUAGAAGGCGCGGUGGCGGCAAGCACACCAGCAGGUCCCGCAUCGACGACGGUCAAAAAUUCAACAGGAGCCCAGAAUAAGUGUCUCCUACCGCCGCUUCCGAGCACAAAUUCUAGGCUUGAGAAGAACAUCAUUGUGGCACAUGCGCUUGUUGAACCGGACACUCUGUCAACUGAAAACAACGACGACGCCGUCAAUGAUUUCGAUGACCGGGUGAAGAAGGCGCAGGGCAAGGUCAAGGUCAUUGAGCGGAUGCUUGGCGAAAGUGAAACUGCUGUCCAUGGGAAGGCAGGAGGAGCCGCUUGA